AUGGUCCCGCCCGGCUCGGGCGAGGAGGGGAGGGAGACUCCGCGGAGGGUGGGCGGGCGGCUCCGGGAUCUGCGCGCCCCGGGGAGGCCCGCGGGAGGGGUCCCUGGCGGCGCCGGCUCAACCGCGGGGCGCCAUGGGCCGGGACGCGGAGACAGGGGGCUGGACGCGCUGGGAAUCCCGAAGGGAGGGAAAGAUGGGGGCAGCGAGGGAGCGGCGGCCCCGGAGCCCGGCGGGCACACACCUCGCCCAGCUCCGCUUCUAGCACCUGCCGCCUGCUUGCGCCUGCAGCCACCACCGCCACCGUCGCUGCCGCCGCUCCCCCGGCGCCGGCCCCGCGCGCGGGCCCCGCUCUCCCGGGACGAGGCCGGAUUGCACCAUGCCGGAGCCCGAGCCCCCCGCGCCCUGAGGGGCCUGGGCCGGCGGGGACCGCCGCGGGCGAGGCGGCGGCGGAGGGACCUGGCCGGCGGCCACCCCCGCCCCUCGGGGCCCGCCGUCCGGCCGUCUGCCGGCUGUCGGGCCGGGGGCCUGUCUGCGGUCCGAGCGCGGCCGCGGCCCUUCGCGGCCGUGUCAGCCCAGCCCGCAGCCCCGGCGGCCCGCUGUGCGUCCGCGGCCGGGCGGGUGCGGCCCAGUGACCCGCGCGCGGCCCUGACGCGGUAG